AUGCAAAAGCUCACGUUCCUCUCCCUGGCAUGUGCUGCCUUAGCGCAAGUCACAAAUGCGCAGAUAGCCCCAAACUCGUAUUCAUAUGCCGAAAGUGAUUGGACAAAUGAUAUAACGACUGCUCAGAGCAUUGGUAUCGAUGGCUUUGCAUUGAACAUUGCUGCAAACGACUAUGAAGUCGACAGGAUUGUCGAUGCAUAUGCAGCCGCGGAAAGUUUGGGCUUCAAGCUCUUGUAUUCCUUUGAUAUGACGUACACUUGGCAGCAGAGCGACAUGGUCAAUAUCGUCGCCAAUCAUUCGUCAAGUCCAAGUACAUUCCUCUGGAAGGACACCAUACUUGUAUCGACAUAUUCAGGGGAAAGUUAUGGUGAGGACUUCUGGGCUAGCUUCAAGAGCACACUUCAGAGCCAAGGCAUCGACAUCACACUUGCACCCGCAUUCACAACUUAUCGUGACCCUUCGGAUGCUACUUCACUCGUGUCUACGUUUCCCUCAAUCGAUGGGUUCUUCAAUUGGUGGUCCUGGCCUGCCGAUGUCGACGCAAACUUGACGACAGCCACAGAUUUAGCCUAUCAAGCAGCUGUCUCAUCGCUCAGUGGACCCUAUAUCAUGUCUGUCUCACCUUGGCAGUUCAAGAACCUCGAUGGCGCCGGCGAUUGGGUAGAAUAUAGCGACACUCUCUGGAACUACCGCUGGCAGCAAGCUGUAAAUGACGUGAAACCUGACAUUGUGUACCUUGGGACACAAGCUCCACUUUACGUCGAUGGUUUCGUCCAUGCUGCUUGGCGAGAUGUAGCUCAGUACUAUAUCUCGUGGUUCAAGACCGGCUCUGCACCUACCAUCACGAAAGAUGAGCCGUCAAUUGCAGUACCGGGAUCCCUACCACGCAAUGCUGCAUACCCCGAGGACGCCGUUUUUGCACUCGCGAUGCUCAAAGACACUGCAACCAUCACACUUGCCAUAGGUAGCAACACAGUAAAUUUCACCGCUGGUGCGGGUGUGACUAUGGGUUCCGUGCCGUUCCCCCAGAGGAUUCACAAAUCCCCUAUAUCGCAAUCAGCAGGGACUGGCACAACAGUUGUCGACACCCAUGGCUCGAUGUACGUGAACCAAAACGGAUGUACGUACUAUAAUUUCAAUCCUUUCGUCGGGAGCGUCAGCGAGUGA